AAGUUUUUCAAAAGUAGGAUCGUUGCGGUUGCGCAUUGGCAUGGAUAGCUAGCUAUAUUGUGAGAGUAGACCUCGCGGAUCGUGGAGCCCAGUUUUCAGUGAAUGGGAGGGCGUCCAGCGUUGCAGCGCAAUCUUUAGCGUGGACGAAAGGGGCAGCAGGAAACACUUGCACGGUCCGAGUCCAGGAGCCCAGUGCCAAGAAGGCAAGAACGACUUCACAGUCGAAGCUGUGACAAUGGAGUGGGUGAGCCUGCUGUGCUCCGUAGACCAAGCCCACGCAAGGACCAGAUAGAGAUAGAUAGCAGCGCCGCGCCGCGCCGCAUGUCGUCUGCCAUUGAGAAACGCGUGGUUGGUUGCUCGGUGCCGUACGCCAUGAGGAACUGCUGUGGCUCCGCUGACGCCGACGUGAAUCCGCCGAGUCGUCCUCCUACCGAAGGGCCGCUGCCGCCGCCGAAGCCGAGCGACGGCGGGGGAGCGAAGCAAGAGAAGGGAGGAGGAGACGGUCCUGACCAGUGCCCGGGUCUCGGGCGGGUUCUGGAAGCGCCGAGGCUGAGGGAGUUCACGCUCGCCGAGCUGCGGGUGGCCACGCGCGGGUUGAAGCCGGAGAUGGUGCUCGGGGAGGGCGGCUUCGGCCCGGUCUACAAGGGCUGGGUCGACGAGCGCACGCUCAAUCCAGCCAAGAGCAACGCCGGCGUCAUCGUCGCCGUCAAGAAGCUCAACCCGGAGAGCUUCCGGGGCCUGCAGGAGUGGCAGUCGGAGGUCAACUUUCUGGGUAGGCUGUCGCAUCCCAACCUGGUGAGGCUGCUGGGAUACUGUGGCGACUGGCGAGGACAGGGAACUGCUCCUGGUGGUGUACGAGUUCAUGUCCAAUGGCAGCCUAGAAAACCACCUGUUCAGAAGGGGUGGAAACUUGGAGGCGCUGUCGUGGAGCCGGAGGCUCAAGAUCGCCACGGGCGCGGCGCGCGGCCUCGCCUUCCUGCACUCGUCGGAGAAACAGGUCAUCCACAGGGACUUCAAGGCGUCCAACAUCCUCCUCGACUCGGAUUUCACCGCGAAGCUGUCGGACUUCGGGCUCGCCAAGAACGGGCCCUCCGCGGGGACGUCGCACGUCACGACCCGGGUCAUGGUCGCCUACGGCUACGCGGCGCCGGAGUACGUCGCCACCGGGCAACUGUACGUCAAGAGCGACGUGUACGGCUUCGGCGUGGUGCUGCUGGAGCUGCUGACGGGGCUGCGCGCGCACGACCUGAACCGGCCGACCCACCAGCACAGCCUGGUGGAGUGGGCGCGGCCUUAUCUCUCCGCCGGCGCCGGCAAGCUCAAGAGCCUCAUGGACGAGCGGAUGGACGGCCAGUACCACACCAAGGCCGCGCUCUCGGGGUCGCCAGGCUCGCCGGCAAGUGCCUCAACAGCGACCGCAAGAGCCGCCCUUCCAUGGACGACGUCGUCGCCGCGCUCGAGGACAUCGAGGCCCUGCAGCAGGGGGGCGGUGGGGCAGCGGGACCUGCCGCCGCGGCCCGGGGCGCGCCGGUCGUCGCCGCACCAUGAUUUUUCCAGGCCUUGCUGAUGCGGCAUGGUCGUUGCUUGGCUUGAGCAAGGCUAUAGCUGCUGACUCAGAACAGUACUGGCAUUGAUUCUUCAGCUUCAUUCAACUAAUCGCCACAGAGUACACAUUUUUA